AUAAAUUUCGGUGAAUUUUAUUUUUACAUGCAUAAUUUUUCAAAAUAAAAAAAAAAGAAAGAAAGAUUUGUUUUCCACUCUACAUUUUUUUUUUUAAUUAUUAAAAAUUUCAAAUCACAAUAUUGAAUAAAAAGAAAAAAUUAUUGAUAAAUUAUUGAAAAAAUAAAAUUAAAAAUCUAUUGAAAUAUUAUAAAAAUUGUGAUAGAAUAUUAUUCUAAUUAGAAUAGUUUUAAAUAAAUAAUAAAUAGCUAUAUUGUAUUUUCAAAAAGGAAAUAGGAAAAAAUAAAAAAUCGUGAAAAUGAAUAAGAGCUGUGCAAGAUGUAAUAAAGUGGUGUAUCCAAUUGAGGAGUUAAAAUGUUUGGAUAAAACAUGGCAUAAAACGUGUUUUAAAUGCCACGAAUGUGGAAUGACAUUAAACAUGAAAACAUACAAAGGAUUUAAUAAACUUCCAUAUUGUGAGGCGCACAUUCCAAAAGCAAAGGCCACCAUAGUUGCUGAUACACCAGAACUCAAAAGAAUUGCUGAAAAUACAAAAAUUCAAUCAAACGUCAAAUAUCAUGCUGAUUUUGAAAAAGCUAAAGGCAAAUUUACACAGGUUGCCGAUGACCCUGAAACACUUAGAAUUAAAGCAAAUACCAAAAUCAUAUCAAAUGUUGCUUAUCAUGGUGAUUUAGAGAAAAAAGCUGCAAUGGAAAAACAAAGAGCUGAAGCUGAAGUAGCCGAAAAUCGAGACCAUGAAUCUGAGUAUUUCUCAGAAACACUUGCAGCUGAACAAUUAUCACAAUAUGCUCCAAAUCAGCAACAUUCACCUACUCAAGUUGGCACAACAACAAUAUUGCAAACAUCAACACAUAACCAACAUCAAAUAACACAACAACAACAACAACAUCAAGUACAACAACAGCAAUCAUAUGCAAAUAAUAAAACACUACAACAACAUCAUUCACCUCAAAUGCACCAUCACAAUACAUCUGCACAAAUAAAUAAAUCACAACAACAGCAACAACAAAUUAAUUCACAACAUAACUAUGCAACUUCAGCUGUAGGUAAUAAUCAAGUGCAAGCACAACAACAGCAACAAUAUCAACAGCAGCAACAACAAUCACCCCAGCAUAAACAGCAGCAACAACAGCACAAACAACCGUCACCAACUUAUCAACAUCCUCCAACUCCGCAACAGCAUAGAAAUCAGUCACAGCAAUCACAUCAAAUACAGAGUGCAAAUUAUGCAGCACAAAACUAUCAACAACAACAACAGCAACAACAACAACAGCAACAACAACAACAGCAACAACAGCAACAAUUGCAACAAAAUCAACAUGGUCAAAAUAAUUAUAAUAAUUUGAGGCAAACAAUUGUUCAAAGUGCUCAUCAUCCAGCUGGUGGAAAUUAUGAUACAUAUGAUAGUUAUGGAAGACCUAUAAAUAAUCAAACUGGACAAAAUAUAGCUGCAACAAAUGUUUACAACAAUAAUAAUCCAAAUCAAUAUGCUUAUAAUAAUACAAUUGGUUAUCAACAGCAAGGUCAACAGCAACAGCAACAACAACAGCAGCAUCAACAACAAGCUAAUGCUUUGGGUUAUAAUGCUUAUGCUAUGACAUAUGGGAAUGGAACUGGUAUAAUGGGUAAUAAUACAACAUCUAAUGGUGGUGGUGGAUAUUAUGGUAGUGUUGGUGUUAUGGGAGGUGGUAGUAAUAAUAGUAGUGGAAUCGGUAAAAUUGCUGAUUAUGAUCCAUUAACUGAUGGACCACGUAAUAUACCAGGCGCACCUAGACAAAGUGCUACUCUUAUAUAUAGUUCAGAUAAUAAUCGUGGUUCUGUAAAUAACAGUGUUUAUCCAAAACGUGUUGGUUCCGUAUCAGAUAUUGAUCCAGCUAAUGGAGUAUAUGGAUCAUUAACUGAUCAUAACAAUCAAUAUUAUGCACAACAUCAACAAACGCAACAGCAUCACCAUCAGCAGCAGCAACAACAACAACAGCAACAACAACAUCAUCAUGGGCAUCAACAAAGUAAAGCUAAUUCGAGAGUAUACCGUGCCGUAUAUGAUUAUCAAGCUCAAGAUACCGAUGAAGUUAGCUUUUGUGAAGGUGAUCUUAUAUUUGAAAUAAAACCAACUGAAUCGGGAUGGAUGACUGGUAAAGUCGAAAGAACUGGUCAUACAGGAAUGUUACCAGCUAAUUAUGUUGAACCAGCUAUAAUUUAAGUUAAAAUUAUAUAUAUAUAUAUAUAUUUUUUAUAUAUAAACAUAUAAAUACAAGUAUAUAAAUAUUUCUAAAAUUUAUAAUUUUAUUAUUUUGCAAUUAAUAUCCUUAUUGUAAUUUAAAACUUGUUUUUUUUUUGUAUCUUGCUUACUUAAAAUUUUUAUAAAAAAAUAUAAAAAAAAAUUAAAUUAAUUAAUUUAAUUAAAACAAAUAAAAAUGAAGUAAAAAAAAAUUUUUUGUAACCUAUAUAAUUCAAAUUUAUUUACAUAGUAUAUAA